AUGUACGGCGCCUUGUGGAGAAGUUUGCGUGCACCGUUGACGCGGCCAAUGGCCCGUCAGAUGGCAAGCCAUCCGACACCAGAGGAGCUUGGUUUGACAGGAUGGAAAUACUACUUGAACAGUGAAACCAUUGUUGGGAGACGUAAUGUAAGUAAUUAUUAGGUGGUCACAUCCUCUACAAAAUAUACACAAAUCUCCUCACUCGUAAAUAAGCCCAAACUUAUAAGGUUAAGCUUAUAUUGUUUAGGUACUUUGCGAAUAUAUUGCAUCGAUUAAUCCAGCUACUUGUGAACUCUGGGAUUUUUUUACAUCUCUAACUACGAAAUCCGUGUUUUUUGUGGCUGUGAGUGUCCUCUUUUUUAUUUGACUUGUAGCACAAUAGUCACUUACAUGUAAGAGUUCACAAACUCUUUUGAACACAUCUCAGUGAAAUAGUGACAAAUUAAAUUCAAACUUGGCAAAUUUGUACUUUCAAAAGACUUCAAGAUGUGUUGUUGUGUUUUAUGUACCGUAUUUAUUCGGCAAUAAGCCGAUCUUGGCUAUAAGCCGAGACCCUAAUCUUUCAACUCGUAGAAUCAGCAUAACUAAGAGCAAAAGAUAAAUCCAAAACUCCCGGCUAUGAGCUGAGACCCAUUCAUUACGAGACUUUUGACUACUCGAAAAAAAUUUGACCUUCUUUAGGAAAACGUACAAUUGUUGUUUGGGCUUUUCACUGCUAUCAAUCUUUUCUCAUGUCUUCAUCGCAUUCUGCUUGAAAUGUUCAGAUAACUCGUCUUUCAAUCCAAACAAACCACAUCAGUUUGCGUUGCAUUUGUCUGUGCUUAGUAACCAGGUAAAUGUUUUGAAGCACAUGUUUGACCAAACAUGGCGGAUUGUUUACACAUUUCGUGACAUCUUUCAUUUGUUUUACACCUUCUGUCGUUGUAAAAGACUUAUCAUUUUGAGAUUUAGUUGUGAGACCUGUUUUUGUCAGUUAUUUGGACCAUUUGGGACUGUAUUUCUGUGCUUAGCUAACUUAACAUUCAGAUUUGUAGUUAUGUGAUCGAUUCGAUCAAUUGCUGCUAUUUGUUGGGCUGAAAAGUGAAUAUAUCUUCAUUUAGUCAGAGUUUAGUAGAGUUUCAAUGCACUGAAAAAAUUGUUUUGUCAAAAACUCUUGGCUAUAAGCCGAGACCCCCUAUUGGGCUCAAAUUUCACUGAACUUUAGCUUUAAUUUGUGUAACAAUACCUCGGCUUGUAGCCGAAUAAAUACAGCAAGUGUGGAAAAUUAUAGAAGAUUGAAGAUACACGAGGAAAAAAGUUGCUGAACUAUGCAUGUGAGACGUAUCAAGUAAUUUGUGUAAACAGAGAAAAGUACCUAAAUUUUGUGCUCAAAAUGUGCAAGAUUGAAUUAUCUGAUUAUGUCCAUUUAUUAAUUUUUUAAGACAAAGCAAAGCAAAAUUUCAGUUUUCUUAGUUUAUUUUGCAAUAAAAUAUACAGUGAUUUUGUUACCUCUGCAUCCCGCGUCCCUGACGCGUAAAAAUUCCCAAAGACGCGCUCAAGUUCAUGGCAGGUGUCCCGUAGGAUACAAAGAUUGAUCGAUCAAUCGAUCUGAAGAUGUUUUUGUAGAAUAUCCUGUUUGUGUGAUUUCUGUGGCUGUUCUUGUGGCUGUUGUUUUACGACGCAUAUUUCUUUUAGUCUUUAUUGUGAUUUCCAAAACAAUACAUCUGUCUUUUAUCUAUCUGGUCACAUAAAGGCCUAAGCAUAAUUUUCAAUUUAUGACUUGUCGUUUUUUGAACUGAGACUCAAUGGUUCUGGAGUGGGACUCGUGAUUUGCUUGCAAAGUGAGUCCCAAGACUCACUUAUUUGUAACAAAAUCACUGAAAAUAUUGCAGUAAAGUUGUCUCUGCAGGUUUGUGUAAUGCUGUGCUUUCCAUAGUGCUUGCCACCGAACAACAUAAGGACUUGUAACUUUCAUAGUGACCUAGAAAUAAGGUAUAAUCACCCAAAACUCAGGUUCUAAUGUAACAUUGUCAAGGCUGUGCUCUAAGAAAAAUUGAAGGGAGCCCAGUGAUCUAAACCUGUAAAAUCCAAGGUGCCCAUGAAGAAUCUAAGAUUUUCUGGCCCCCCAGGAGCAAACGUUGUGUGCCAGGGGCCACCGGGCUCUGCUAUAGCACAGCCUUGAUUGUUACUUAGGAAUUUUUUAAAUAGGAGCUAAAGUGGCUGAGAAAAUAAAGAUUCUUCUGAAACAUUUCAAUCCUUCAAAAGUAAACACAACUUACAGAUGUAUUUGCAGCAAAGCCUAUAACUCACCUCAUGGUAGACCACAACCUCUGACUGAUGCAUGUAACCCAAUUGCAGUUUAUCUAUUCAAGGACAAUUUCCUAAAUUUUUACAGUCUAAAGAGCAGGAAGAGCUGCAAGAAGUCCAUUACAUCCACAGAAUGUCCAUCCAAAAAGCGUCACACUCAAAGACGUUCUUUGUGUAAACUCUCCUUCUUUUAUCUCUGCUUGGUUCUGCGGAGUUUUCAAGGGCUAGAGCAACCCCCAAAGUAAGACCGUGUUUUUAUGCAACUCACCAUUUCACAACAACAAAAGGCAAUUAUUGGUCUUAUAUCCAGUUUGUGUUAAACUUUUAGAUAGUAUUAGUUAUUGGUUUGUUUUCCAAAGAAGAUGAUUUUCCUUGCAGAUUGUGUUAGCUGUUUAUGGCACUCUUACUGGAAUCUAUAUCUUUUCAAAGCUGAGGAAACCCAAGAAAGAAGCCACACCACAGGCCAACUGA